AUGGCAAGGGACUGUCAGGGCCGGGAUCCCAGGGUAAAGUUUUCCAGGGCCAAGAGCCGGAAAGGGAUGUCGGGGCCGGGUGCAGGGUCAAGUGUGCCGGGCCAAGAGUGCAUGGCAAGGGACUCCGGGUCAAUGUGUCAGGGCAAGGAGUCCGGGGUCAAGUGGACGGCCCCGGGGAGUGCCGGGGUUAAGUGUGCCAGGGCCAGGAGGCCGGGGGUCAAGGUGCCAGGGCCAGAGUGCUAUGGCAAGGCUGUCAGGGCCAGGAUGCCAGGGAAGUGUGCCGGGGCCAAAGGGUGCCAUGGCAAGGAUGUCGGGGCCAGGAGUGCGGGGUCAAGUGUCCGGGCAGAGUGCCAUGGAAAGGACUUACCCCAGGAGUGCCAGGGUAAAGGUGCCGGGGCCAAAGUUAUGCAAGGACUGCAGGGCCGGGAGUGCAGGGUCAAGUGGCCAGGGCCGGGAUGCCGGGGCGGACUGGGGGGGCCAGGAGGCCGGGGUAAAGUGUGCCAGGGCCGGAGUGCCUUGGCAAGGCUGCCGGGGGCAGGAGUGCCGGGGCCAAGAUCCCAGGGCAUGAUGUCGGGACCGUCUCAGAACCCGGCUAAAGUCCGUGGGGGAAAUUCGAGACUUUCGGGGAAAAAUGUCACCAACGCCUGGAUCCAGCCCCCCCGGGUGUCGUUUCCUUCGGGC